AUGCUAUCUCUUCCAUUCAUCACCCCACGCGACUCCCAUGAACUCUGGUUCGGCUCCCCUCAGCCAUACCGCGCAUCGGCCGAACCAGGCCCCGGCGACAAUGCCCCCAACCACCCCUCCCGCCGCAACGCCAAUGGCACAUCCAGCAGCCAUCGCACAUUCAUGCCAUCCCGCUCACCGGGCAAUACACUAGCCGCGCUAGUCGCAGAGGAACGGUCACUACGCGCACGGAAACAAAACAUCGCGUCCUUUGGAUACUCGUGGAUCAGGCCGGCGGGAUGUGCGAAGACAAUGCUAGGCAUGAAAGAGGAGGAGGCGGAGCGUGAAGAGGCGCUUCAGGCUGCGGCGGCGGAGAUGGAUGCCGUUGAGGGUGAGGGCAUUAUGGACGAUGAUACGGGGAUGCAGAGGGCGGAUGGUGAGGAGGAAGAUGAGGGUAUGGAGCGUGAUUUGGAUGAUGAUAUCCCGGAUGCGGAUGUGGAUGCGGAGGGACUCAUUGAGGAGGGGGAGGAGGGGCUUGAGGAGGAUGAUAUUGAGGAUGAUGAGGGGUACAUGGAGAGGGAUCUGGAUGAUGACAUUCCUGAAGGGUUUCCUGACGAUGACUACGAGGGUUCUGGGUUUUAUGAUGAUGGUGAUGAGAAUGAGGAUUUCGAUAAUCAGCCUGAUCUGGAUGCGGAGAUUCCUGCUGCUGAUGGUGAUAUGAGUGGAGGCAUGACGCGCGACUUGGAUGAUGAUAUCCCUGAUGCGGCGGAAGGCUCAGAGCAGGGAGGUGAAUGGCAGCAUACGGAUAGUGAGGAGGAUCUGAGUGACGAGGAUGAGGACGAGCCCAGUAUCAUUCAGUCCCGGUUGGAGAACUUCCGCACCAGCACACCGAACAGUCGCGGUGGCUUGCCUCCUCCGCCGUCUAUUCGUCGUCAGCCUGAGACUGAAGCCCAGCGCCGGUUUCUGCAACGCUGGAGUGGUGGAGGUGAUGCCCUUGAUUCGAGCAGUAUGUUGUAUGACGAUGAAGAUCUGGGCGCCUCCAUCACUAGCCAGGGUAGUCGACGGAGCGGGUUUGCGAGACGGUUCCCUCGACACAUUGGCGGUCCUAGGGAUAGCCUGGAAUAG